GAACAGACUGCUGCAUGCCAUUAGGCAUGCUGUAAACUGUACUAAACCAGGUCACUGUUUUUGAUAAUGCUGCUUAGAACUUGAGAUGUAAGCUCACAUUCAGAUAAGAACAAGUGGAUAAGAAAAGAUGUGCAGCACAUUCAGCCCAAAGGAGCCGGGGCCAAGCCUGUCUGAUGUGCAUCAAUAUAGUCAGUGGCUGGCGAGCAGGCAUGAAGCUAGUUUAUUACCAAUGAAGGAAGACUUGGCUCUAUGGUUGACAAAUUUACUAGGGAAAGAGAUCACUGCAGAAAGUUUUAUGGAAAAGCUGGAUAAUGGAGCACUUCUCUGUCAGCUGGCACAAACAUUACAGGAGAAAUUCAAAGAAAACAGCAGUGAAAACAAAGCUGCCAAGCAUCUGCUUCCAAAGAAAAUUCCUUGCAAAGCGAAUGCCCCUUCGGGUUCUUUCUUUGCCCGUGACAAUACUGCGAAUUUCCUCGCCUGGUGUAGAGAAGUAGGGGUGGAUGAUACUUUUCUUUUUGAGUCGGAAGGUUUAGUCCUUCAUAAACAACCCAGAGAAGUAUGUCUGUGUUUGCUGGAAUUGGGAAGAAUUGCUUCCAGAUUUGGAGUAGAGCCAUCAGGAUUGGUCAAACUGGAAAAAGAAAUCGAACAGGAAGAGUCCCAUUCGGCACCUCCCCCAUCUCCAACUCCAACUAAAUCGCCUGGAAAGAAGAGUGCAGGAAAGUUAUUGGAUGAUGCAGUGAAACAAAUUUCAGAAGAUCCACCUUGCAAAUGUCCAAAUAAGUUUUCGGUGGAACGUCUCUCGCAAGGACGAUAUCGUGUUGGAGAAAAGAUCCUAUUCAUUCGGAUGCUGCACAAUAAACAUGUCAUGGUUCGUGUCGGAGGGGGAUGGGAAACAUUUGAAGGCUACCUCCUGAAGCAUGAUCCCUGCCGGAUGCUACAGAUUUCCAGAGUGGAUGGCAAGACCUCUCCAGUCCCAAACAAGUCCCAGAAUAUUAAAGACCUGAGCCCUGAUAGCUACCUUGUGGUAGCUGCCCAUUACAGAAGCAGACGAGAGAGUACAACUAAUAACAGUGGUAACUGGGGAACAAAGUGAACAUGCAGUAUGUGCUUUUAUUUUGAACCAGUGAUCCAAUAUAUCAAAACUCAAGCAGAUCAACAAUAAUCUAAUUCAAUCACUAAGAUCUCUUUGGUUUUUUUUUAAUGAACCCAAAUAGGGUGGGGGACAAAAGAAAACUAUAGACUAUUGCCAGACUGAGGGAAUGGUAUAAGGUAGACUUCUAGGAUAGUAAUGCUUACAAUAAAUUGAUGCAGAGCUUCAAUUAUUUCAACUUCACUUUAGGCAAAUUCAUUGACUGGAAGGAGGUAACAGUGCAGUAAUGAUGACAGAUGCUCUCCAAUUUGCUAAGCUUUUGCAUAUCCUUCUCUUAUAUCCAUGCUAUCCAGUGACUGUGUUAAACACAAUACUAGUGGUAUAAGUGAAGCAAUGACAAUAUACCAAACAGGAAGAGCCAAGUACAUUGCAAAUCAUCAGUGAAUAUUGACUGGAACGUUUCCACAUUGCUAGGGAGAAUAAACUUCAUUGCCUCUAUUCUGCCAUCCAUAUAAUUAUACCAUUUGAGUUCAGUCUGCCUCCAAAUUUUGAGCAUUCUAACCUCUCAAUAGCAGAUAUUCCCAGUCAAAUAGCUUCUUUCUUGGCACUAUUUGAUAAUCUCAGUCUAUCUAGUAGUUUUAACAUUGCCAUAGUACUUUGAUUGGAUUUUUUGUUUCUCCAGCCCAUCAAUUCAAGAGUAAAAUUGCAAAAUUCUGUAUGGUACAGAAUCAUUUCUACUUCUCUGCUUUGAUAAUAACAAAGUAGAAGAGACCAGUUACAACCAACUAGAAUUAAUUUAAACAAAUCCUCUCAAAUCAAAAAACUGUUAAUCCAAAGAUGCAUUUCUACAGAAAGACUUUUUACCAGAAAAUUACCAAGACUAUAGAGCCUGAGUACAGUAGAAAGAAAAGCAACAGAAUCCCAAAUGCUGAAUUAUUGCUUCAUGAGCCUCCAUCUUUUAUUUCCUUCAGCUACACCAAAUCAGAAAAAAAAACAAUGUGCCUAUAAUCAUUGCCAAGUGCUGCUAUUUUUAAAAAUAAUUGGGAGCAUCAAAUCUCUCACUCCAACUGCAUGCAUACACGCACAUUUAAUCUAAUUCACAAUGUGUUGAGUUCAAGUAGAAGGGAGACUUCCCUUACUCGUAUCUGGAUUCUAAUAUGCAAAAAAGAUAACUGUUGUGCAGGAAUAGCAGCAAUCCGUUUGAUGCACUACAGUUUCUGAGCAUUAACAUAAAGUGUUAUCUGUAUUUUCCAUGGCAAUAAGCAGAAUUCCUGAAUAAGUUAAGCAAGAAUCAUGAACAUAACGCAGACAGUCAACGCUGCUGGCUGAGCAGGAGCUACUAACAUAUUAUCUCUUUAUUCCCGGUCACUUGAAUUAGUUGCGCCAUGCAGAAUGUAAUUAGUUCAAAUUUAUGAAGUUUUCUUUCCACAGGUUACAGUCCCAUCUCAUGCCCCCAUUGAACAAUGUAACAAAUAUAAAACCAAAAAGUUUAUUUGUAUUUUUACAUCUUAAAGAUCACUGCAAUUUACAUUAAAAUUAUUUGAUUUUCUUCA